GGCGUGUCGGACUGAUAUAAAUAAAAGUCCAAGUGGAAAAGAAGGUGACGGUCGAAACUUUCAGCCUAAACGGACGAGCGUGAUUUAUUCGGAUUUGACAAAAGACUGAGCAUCGAACACACAAGCGUGUCUGUGCGCGUGUCUGUGCGCGUGUGUGUGUGUUUUACGGAAGGGAUCUAUCAGCGUGAAGCGAUGGCGUGUGUGUGUUGUAAUCGCGUGAGCAUUUCUUCACCUUUGAAGUCUACAGAUAUAUACAAAGCACCGCUUGUAUGCAGUGUGUGAAUGUGUGCUUUACUGGAUGAAGGGAUUCAAGGCAUCAGACCUGCGCAAACCUCAUGGCAGCCGUAUUCGUCACCUUGCUCCUCUUCCUACCCCUUCCUCUGUCCAUUUAUUCACGUCCGUUUCCAGGGACACGUGCGACCAUCCGAGCGGACAAGAAUGCCAUCCAACAAAAUGGAGGCAGAAUUAGAAUCGACCAGUUCAGCAACAAUGACCUCCAAAGAGAUGUGAACCAGAACACAGUUAACUUUAGUCAAAACAAAAAAAAUAAACAUGACCGCAAUAUCUAUUCAAGCGAAAAUAACCAAAAAAAGAGUGGAACAGAUAAAAACGCAAGCGAAACCAGUCAAAACGACAGAAACUUUACACGUCAUCUUCCAGAUAUCAUUAUCAUUGGUGUGAGGAAGGGUGGAACGAGAGCAUUGCUGGAGAUGCUGAGCCUUCACGACUCUGUCGCUGCAGCUCAAAGCGAGGUGCACUUCUUCGACUCGGAGGAUCGUUACAAGCGAGGAUACGAGUGGUACACGUCGCAGAUGCCACUGGCUCGACCCGAUCAGCUGACUGUCGAAAAGACUCCGGCGUACUUCACCUCUGUUGACGCUCCGGACCGAAUCUUUCUCAUGAACCCUUCAGUCCGGCUCUUGCUGAUCGUCCGAGAUCCUGUGGAUCGAGUUCUGUCCGAUUACACGCAAGUCUUUCACAACCAGCUUCAAAAACACAAAAUUCCUCAACCUAUCGAGGACCUCCUGCUCCGAGACGGCGAGCUUAACCUCGGCUAUAAAGCCGUGAACAGAAGCGUGUAUCACCCGCACAUGGAGCGAUGGUUACGGGUUUUCCCACGUGACCGCUUGCACAUAGUAGACGGUGACGCGUUAAUCAGAGACCCGUUAACUGAAAUGAAAAAAGUCGAACGUUUCUUGCGCAUCGAGCCUCAAAUCACAGAGGAAAACUUUUACUUCAAUCGGACAAAAGGCUUUUACUGUUUAAAGGAACAAGGCCAUGAACGCUGCCUACACGAAUCGAAGGGACGAACGCAUCCAAACGUGGCCCCGGAAAUCCUGCAGAAAUUAUGCAAAUACUUUCAGGAACCAAACAGGAAGUUCUUUGAGCUGGUAGGAAGAACAUUUGAUUGGAAGUGAGAAAAUACAUAUAAUCUUGUGUUUUAGGAUCAUGUAAAGCUCAUGCGAAUGGAGGAGGUGGGGGAAAAAGCUCAUUUUCCCUCAAAUGUAAACAGUUCUUUAAACUUAUCGGAAGAAUGUUUGUGAAAUACUGUGAACAAUUGCGAUGUUUAUUACAAAGCAGGCUGUGAGAAUAGUGUUUGGGGAGAAAAUCUGACGGUGAGAAAGCAGCUGAAAUCCUGUCGAAUCCAUGCUAGUAUUUGAUGACUUAUCAAACAAAAAUGGUUUGACGUCACAACAACGGAUGACUGACUCGUUAUGUUCUUCUACCUGUUACUGAAGGAUGUAGAAGAUGCGACUCAUAAGCAAAUAAAAAUUGCACAAUGAUUGA